AUGGCACUCUUUGCCCCUCUUCAAAGCGUCUUGCGUCGUUCGAUCAUCACCAAGCCGUUCUCGCCAUGCCUACUCUUCCCUAGAGCGUUACCAGUGAGGUUUCACAGCAAGUUGUCCAACCCGAAGUCCCCUUCAAACUAUCCUCUGCCAUCGAACGAUACAAUGGACGGUUCUUCUGGUUAUGUCCUUACAAAGGCGGAUGAUUUGAUCGGCUGGAUCAGAAGUGGCUCCCUUUGGCCCCUGUCCUUUGGCCUCGCCUGCUGCGGUAUCGAGAUGAUGGGCGCGUCGAUGCCACGAUACGACCAAGACCGACUGGGCAUCAUUUUCCGCGCCUCACCCCGACAGGCCGACUGCAUGAUCAUUGCAGGAACCGUAACUAACAAGAUGGCCGCACCCUUACGACUUCUCUAUGACCAGAUGCCGGAUCCCAAAUGGGUCAUUAGCAUGGGCAGUUGCGCGAAUGGAGGAGGAUACUACCACUACAGUUACAACGUCGUGCGUGGAGUGGAUCGACUCGUCCCUGUCGAUAUCUAUGUCCCUGGCUGUCCCCCGACCCCGGAAGCGCUUUUGUAUGGCAUCAAUCUUCUCCAAAAGAAGAUCAGAAACCAAAAGGUGACGCGGACGUGGUAUCGCCGGUGA